AGGAAAGAAAGGAAAGAGAGAGAGAGAAAGAGAGAGAGAGAGUGGCUGCUUUUGGAACCUGGUUGGCGAUUGACUCCGUGUCAGUUUCAUGUGGUGUGUCAAUUUCAUGUCAGUUUUCUCCACGCUGACUGCCAGUCAGCGCCUUGGACUUUGCCGUUGAUGAUGACUAUGACUGCUAUGGCCGACGGUCUACUCGGACCAGACUCAUCCAAGUCGGCCUUUUUGGAGUUUGGACACCCGGUUCAACAGCAGCCCUCACCUGUCAUGUCCCAUGGACAUUACCACGGCUUACACGCCAGCGGACUUAAUCAACACGAUGCCUCCUUCCCAGGUGCCUCCUCAUAUGGCAGAUCCCUGGGUUAUCCAUACCCAACCGCAGUCAGCAAUCACGCACCCAACCCGUAUAUCUCCUACCAGAACAACAGCAGCAGCACUUUGAGUCACACAAGGUUAGAGGACACGGAACACGAGAAAACAAUCAUCGAAAACGGGGAGAUCCGAUUGAACGGCAAAGGGAAAAAGAUUCGGAAGCCCAGGACCAUAUACUCCAGUCUGCAAUUGCAAGCUCUCAAUCAUCGCUUCCAACAGACCCAGUAUCUGGCAUUGCCUGAGAGAGCAGAACUGGCAGCUUCGCUCGGACUCACCCAGACACAGGUAAAGAUCUGGUUUCAGAACAAACGUUCCAAAUUCAAGAAACUGAUGAAACACAGCGGCGUGCAAGAAGGGGAUCACUUGCCCACCACAGCCGCUUUGUCACCCUGUUCCCCCAAUAUCCCCCCUGUCUGGGACGUUUCCAUGGCAAAUAAGGGGGCUACUCUGCCACAGAACAGCUAUAUUAACAGUUUUGGAUCGUGGUACCCACCUCCUCACCAGGACACCAUGCCCAGAUCCCAGAUGAUGUGAUGAACUCAAUCCAGCAAUCUCUACCUUUAACCACCACUUUGCAGAUUGUCCUCCCUGAACGAGAACACACACACACACACAAAAAGAAACACACAAAGCAAAAAAUCGCGUGACGUGGGGUUUAAUUUUGUGGACAAGAAAGAAAAAGAAAAAAAGACUCAAAUUAGCUGCUGACUAUCUUCUUUUGAUCAACUCAUUAUUACCCCGAUGAAGGUUUGCUCUAGAAAAUGCAAUGGAAAUCUAGGUUCAAACGCCUUCAACUGGUGCAAUGCGGGCUUAAUAUGAAUUUCGAAUUGAAUUGGAGAAGUCUGAGACAUCUAAAAUCUACGUUGUGAAUUGCAACCAAAAAAAACACAAACAAAAGGAUAGUUUUUUUUCAUAUAGUUCUGUUAAUGAUCGUUUUUUUAAAAAAAAUACUGUAACGCAUUUUGGCUCCCCAAGACUCGCAAUCUUCCUGGAUGGGUUGGUUAUGGACACGGGCUGUAUUUUCAAAGUGCUUUAGUGAUGGACUGUCACAAUUUGAGUUUGAAGGCUUUUGCCGUAUCGACUGGGAUCAAUGUCACUCUCGCUUGAAUGGUCGAUAAGUAGUUACCGAUUGAGGCAAACGUUAGAGAGAACCUUAUUUUUAAUUAAAACGGUGUUCCGGUAACCGGAAUAUCAAACGAUUUGUAUUGCUCCCUUCAAAGUCAUUAUCAAGGUGUCUAUGUUAUCAGCGUGGGAACACGCACCGCCCAAUCUUGGGAUUAGUAUUUUCGAGAGGAAAGGAUUCGUUUUAGUGGGGGGGAAAAACGAUCUGAGUUAUUUAUGGCCAUUUAUUCCCCCUCUCCCCCCAAAAAAGUUUGACGCAAAGCAUAAACUCGUGAGCUGAGUUCAUUUUUUUUCUAUGCAUCAUUUUGUCCAAAUUUCUAACGUUGCAACCAAGCGACUUGAUAAAUAUUCAUGCCAAGAAACCUUCAAAGAGAGAAGGGAAAUUCUACCGGCCCUAGUUAGUUUUUUUUCACACGGGGAAACAUUAAGAGAUUUGUCAGCGAAAGGGGGUAGAGACAAUUGUGGAGAAUUGUAUGUGUAUUUUGGAUACCGCUAACUGGACUCUUGGAUUACAGUCUUAUGUGGAGGAAAGGCAUCGAAUCGAGCUCAUCCAAGCAAUAUGAAGGCAGAAAAAACGUGAUAAAUCCUGGAGCAUAGAAACCACAGCACGUGUGUGUACAUAUAUUGUUAAAUUAGUUGUAAAUAGUGCAUAUGUAUUAUGUCUCAUUAUUCUAAGUAAUUAAACAGUGAUAACCGUU